AUGGGAAUACACAAUUUGUUGCCUUUCGUGAAGAAAGCAUGUCGUCAGGGAAAUAUCAGUGAAUUUGCGCAUCAGUCAGUUGCUGUGGAUAUUAGUUGUCUGCUACAUCGAGGAUUGAUUGGCUGUGCUGACAAAGUUGCUCAAGGAUGUGAAACCGAUUUCUAUAUACGCUACGUGCUUAAAUACGUGAAGGCUUUACUCGCAAUUGGUUGUCACGUUAUCCUUGUUUUCGAUGGACAAAUGCUCCCUGCUAAAAAAGAAACUAAUAACUCACGACGCGAGAAGCGUGAUUUUCAUAAACAAAGAGGUGAUUUAUUGAUGAGCGAAGGUAGAGCAAGUGAAGCUUACAAUUGUUUCAAGCGUAGUGCUACAUUGACACCGAAAGUGAUUGAAAAUGCCAUUCAGGCAUUUCGACAUCUAAACAUGGUUGAUGUUAUCGUAGCUCCUUAUGAGUCAGAUGCGCAGCUGACUUUUCUGACUAAAACAAAAAUGGCGCAAGCGGUAGUUACUGAAGAUUCUGAUCUUAUUGCUUUCGGUUGCGAAAAAAUAAUUUUCAAAAUGGAUCCUAAUGGAUCUUGUGUUAUUUUCGAUCAAAGUUUAUUACCAAAAUGUCUGUGUAGGGCACUUGCAGAAAAUUUUGAUUUUGACAAGUUUCGAAGAAUUUGCAUUCUUUCUGGAUGUGACUACUUGCAAGCGGGUCUUCCUGGAGUGGGCUUAAAUAAAGCAGCAGCUUUUUUCGCAAAAACCAAUGGUAGAAAUUUGUACCAGGUUCUACCUCGGCUUCCACGAUAUCUCAACAAAAAUUCCUUAAAAGUGACUAAACAGUUUAUCGACGAUUUCAUUCGUGCCGAAAAUACAUUCCUUUAUCAGAUUGUUUUUGAUCCGGUUGAGAAACGUCAGCGCCCAUUAAAUGAAUAUCCGUUAAAUCAACAAAGCAAUGAAGAUGAUAGGGAAUUUCAUUCAAGUAGCCAAGAAAGCGAUAAUUAUUUUUCUUACGCAGGAAGUAUUCAAUCACCAGAAAUUGCUACAAGUUUUGCCUUGGGGAAUAUCCCUGGCAGUUCUCAAAUUGAACAAAUAACCUUACCUGAAAAUGUGCCUGAUUGGUCCAUUUGGAGUUCCAACUACAAAACUGCAGAAAUGCGACGGAAGGAAAAGUACGACGAGAAAAUCAAAAAAAAAUCAUCUUGUGGUGCAUUUGUGCUUAAAUCGCCUCGACCGCCACCGUUACAUAUUUCCAAUUCUUUAUCGACAAUGGGUUCAAAGAUUUUGGCAAAUAGUUUAGCUGAUGACAACGAUGACUUCGUUUCGUCAGAAAAGAUUAAGGAUUUACAUAAAAAAGUACUGAUGGAAACUUCAAAAACCGAUCAAAUUUUAACAAAAACGGACUAUAAAUUGACAACUGUCCAUUCCAUUGGUGUUACAAAAAGUGGGAAUGGUGCUCGUCGAAAUUGGAAUUGUGAUCGUCUAUUAAAAGAAUUUGCUAUUACAGCAAACGUGUCACAGAAAAAUGAAAACUGUCAUCAUGCUUCGUUUGAAGUACCUGUCAAAAAGCCUCGCAAAACCCUUGAAGAUGACCGUGUUAAUGAAGAAAGCCAUGGUAAUGAAGGUAUCAUACCAGUCAUGUCAGUAAUGGAAACUCCGUUUAAAGCGCCAAGGGGCAGCAUAUUUAGUAGUAAAUACUUUUUGAACAAAGGAUCAAGAACGAGUGGUCUUUCACGGCGCUUACUUUCUUUACGUACUGUACCUGGUGUUUCUCAAACAGAAUUGUCUCAGAUCGAUAGCAGUGGAUCCCAGGAUGUUCCAGAAAAAUAA